UUGAUAAUAUAAUUCUAAUCACAUGAAUUAAUUAGCCAUAUUUAUGUCUUCAAUUCCCUGUUAGUUACUAUUAAUUUAGCUAUCUUUGUAUGACUGCAUGAGUAUGAGUUUCCUAUUAGUUUCAUUCGUUUUUUUCAUGUUUUUUCGUUUCGUUUUGUAUGUAUCAUCUUGUAAAUUGCCUCAAAUAUUGCUAUAACAUUCGUUUAGAAGUUGCAAUUGUUUUGGUGAGAUUGUUACUAUACUUGUAUUGUUUAGAAUACAUCAUUUAUUAUUAUUAUUUUUAGCAGAAACAAUACAUGGAUUGUUACAUCAUUUAUUAUUAUGUGAUGUGAUAUUAACUAUCACAAUCACACAUACCAAAUGUUGUAUUUUUACAAUACAUCAAAUUCAAUAAUACAUGUAUAAUAUCAUACAUGCAUUCAUAAUAAUACAUCUAUUUAACAAUAACAACUUCCAAACAACUUUAAUUACGAUAAAUUUUCACGAUGAAAUAUAGGAUAAUUAUCAUGAAAAUUAGUUCCCAAGAUUAAUAACAUUAGAUGAAGCUAAUAUAGUUAUAAUAGGGUGGAAAAAUAGCUAUAAUUAUGGUUACCCCGAAUUCGACACGAUUGGGUAGGUAAAAUCUGAACUAAGAAAAUUAUCUAGUAGUAUGGAAAAUCUGAACCCGAAUAUCAUGGGUAGCGGCGAUACGAUCGGUUGUGGGGUUGCCUCUCUUUCUUUUGUCCAAAUGGGUCGAGUCUUCUUCAUAUUGGCUUGUCUUGAGAUAAUGUAGCAACUUCUAGUUGACUUCUCCAUCACUGGACCUCUUCUCUUUCACGAAAGCUCCUUAAUCUUCUCAUUAUAGCUCAUAUGGUCUUUCGAAGUUCUUCAAUGCUUGAUCCAAUCAUCCUUAUGUUGCUUUGUCAUUCCAUCAAGUCGUGAACAAAGAGUCACGACUGUGGGCUGAGAGUCACAGGCAUGAUCGUGACUUGUACUUGAACCUUCUGUUUGCCGUGUUCGAGUUAAGGGAUGGUGGGAGAUGCCACGGCGGGGGCUGAGAAGUCACGAUCGUGAUCGUUACACUCUUACCUUCGCCAUUUUCCACGAUUCAUCUAACGGCUCUUGAUCCCUCUCUACUCCAUUUGAUUCAUAAAUUGCCCCAAACGUUUCCUCCAUUCAUUAGGCCCUGAAAUAUCGCAAACAAACGCAGCCUAGCGUAAAAUCGAUCCUUAGUUGCAACAAACAUAUCCCAAACGAUCCAAAGGUGAAAGGAAAAACAUGUGUAAAUACUAUGUUAUCACAUACGUUUAAAUGUCUAAACUGAGCAAGCUCUUCUUGCAUAGAAAAGUUAAUUUUUUUUUUAGUUCAAGCUUAGACACAAAAGCGUAUUGGCCAGGGGCGUGCUUAGAUCGACUUUUGCGACCGUCGUUGAUAUCGCCAAUAACUUGAGCUUCUAGAUGGCGUCUGAGGGCGCCUAGCGACGUUCAAGGCGCGAACUUGUGGGGAGAGGUGGCGCGCAUAGCCGCCCAGAUAUGCGCCUAUCUUGCCUACUUCCCUCUCGACUUGUGCACGUGUUACUGACAUGGACUUGUGAUUUUUCUUUCUGUCCAGAUGCUCCUGCUUGCCAAGAAUGGCGCCUUGGCCGGUGAGGCGCUGCGCGUUGAAGAGGCAGAGGCCUCCGCCUCCCUCGGUGUGAUGCGUGAUGAUUUGGAGACGGCAAAGAGGCGCCAAACAGAGUUGGUGCAGGCGUGUGAGGACGCUAAUAUUGAGGCAGCAAAGGCUGCAUCUCUCGUCCAACAGUCGAUGGAUGAGGACCGAGACCAGACCGGGACCGGACCGUAUAACCCGGACAGAGACCGGACUGGGACGGGAUAAUAAACAAUCCAAUCUAAUCUUUGGGUUUAGAUUUGAGGUAAAAAACCGUUCGGGACCGGAUCGAAAACUGGAUAAAGACCGGAUAAGAGAACUCAACACCCAAAACUUAAGGGUAAUUUGCAUAAACGGUGACAAACCUUUGCCCUUAGUACAAAACUUAACCAGCUCCUCACCCUUUCAGGCCUUAGGCCACUGAAAUCUCCACAAGUUCAAUAUAAAAUCAAGACCGAAUUGGGACCGACCGGAUCAAGACCGGACCGAAUCAAGACUGUACUGUAUCCAAUCCAAUCUUUGGUCCUUAUAUUUUCAAAAAGAUUGGGCUGGACCGGAUUAAUUUGAGCCAAAUUUAACCACGGGAUCAGCAUUCCGGUUAAGAGGAGGGGGCGGGCGGGGCAGGGAGCUGAGAUCACUCCCACGCGGAAGUCAUCCACGGCGGGCAGCGAGAAAACCGGCGCCCAGUUUUUCACAGACAAAAGUCAACCAAAUCAUGCUGCCGGGACCCACUCUCCAACUCCUAUCGUUCAGAUCUACUGACGUCCAUCAGACGGCCGGAGACGCUCUUUUGACUCCCCCACACACACUCUCUCUCUCUCUCUCUCUAUCUAACGUGCCUCUGGGCUCUGGACCAAAAUUUCUCCCCACUUGGGCCCACUUACGAUCCAGCAAGUCAAACGUUUCCCGACAAGUCAUCCCCCACUAGUUUCAAUCUCAUCUUCCCUAUCGUAAUUCGUACCCCAAAUAGUACUAAUAAAAAUAAAUUCCCCACACCAAAAUAUAAAAUUUACAGCGACUCAUCGGUGAAGACAAAAAAAAAAAAAAAAUUACAGCGAUUAUUGUCCGCAGACAAUAGAAAUUUACAGCGACUGCUCUUUUUCUUCCUUCUUCUUGCUUCGAGAACAGCGAAGAAUAGAAAAAAAAAAAAAAGUGGUUGCGUGAUGUUUGACCGCGGCCUGCUUUGACCAGCGACGACCCAUCCAAUUCAAUUCACAAUCUGUUUUUAUUCCUGGUCUUUGCAUUUGGCUUUCAUUAAACAAAAAUAAAAGAAAAUUUAAUUAAAAAA